UGCGGACGGGGCUCAAGAAUGCACCUGGCAUGGGCUUUGACAGCUUGAAAGCAGCUGAAUUAGUUUGGCAAAAGCAUAUGCAACUGAAAACAGUGUCUUGUGGGCAAUCUCAGAAACAGGAACCCAGUGUGAAAUUGCUGCAAAAGCAGGGAUGAUUAUAGAAAGAGUAGUGCUGAAUUCACGCCCUGGUAAGAAUGGAGUUCCAGUGGCUGAAAACUUCCGACUGGAACAAAGUACAAUACCGGACACAGUGCAAGAGGGACAAGUACGUGUUAGAACCCUGUAUCUCUCCGUGGAUCCGUACAUGCGCUGCCGAAUGAAUGAAGAUACAGGUUCAGAUUACCUCCUGCCCUGGCAGCUGUCUGAAGUUGCUGAUGGUGGGGGCGUUGGCAUUGUGGAGGAGAGCAAGCAUAAUAACUUUGCCAAGGGAGACUUUGUAACUUCCUUCAAUUGGCCCUGGCAGACAGUGGCCAUUCUGGAUGGAAGCUUGCUACAAAAGCUUGUUCCACAGCUUGUGAAUGGAUGUCUUUCCUACUUUCUUGGUGCAGCUGGAAUUACAGGCCUGACGGCCUUGCUGGGUAUAAGAGAGAAAGGACACGUGACUGUAGGUGCAAAUCAGACGAUGGUGGUGAGUGGAGCAGCUGGUGCCUGUGGUUCUUUGGCAGGCCAGAUUGGCCGUCUGGAGGGCUGCUCUAGAGUGGUGGGUAUUGCUGGCACAGAUGAAAAGUGCUCCAUUUUGGUCUCAGAAAUGGGGUUUGAUGCUGCUAUCAAUUACAAGAAAGAGAACGUGGCAGAGCAGCUACGCAAACUCUGCCCAGGUGGUGUGGAUGUUUACUUUGACAAUGUUGGUGGAGACAUCAGUGAUACUGUUAUAAGCCAGAUGAAUCAGAACAGCCAUAUCAUCCUGUGUGGACAGAUUUCUCAGUAUAACAAAGAUGUGCCUUAUCCUCCUCCACUGCCUCCUGACAUAGAAAAAAUACAGAAAGAAAGGAACAUCACAAGAGAACGUUUCUUGGUGUUGAACUACAUGGACAAACAAGAAGCUAGUGUGCUACAGCUCUGUCAGUGGAUCCAAGACGGUAAACUGAAGGUCAGAGAAACUGUGAUAAAAGGCUUAGCAAAUAUUGGUGCUGCUUUCCAGUCCAUGAUGAAUGGAGGCAAUAUUGGAAAACAGAUCGUCUUAGUUUCUAAGUAAGGAAGCAGGAAUGCAAUCAUUUAUACUAGAAGCCAGUAAUAUAUUUGACAUGAUUUGACCAUUACCAGCUAGCACAAUUGCAAAUAAUUCCUGGGCAUAGUUUAGAAGUUAGAUUAUCUCAGGAACUAUUUCCAGUAAACAAUUUGUAUGCAGCCACCUGGUUUUGGACAUUAGAAUAAUCUACUAGUGUAGAUGUGUCCCAUUCCUCUGGAAGUUUGUCUCAGUGCCUGGGAACUUCUCUAGGAAUUUUUAAUUUACUAGUAUAAGCUUAGCCUGAGAGUCCAGUUAAUCUGGCUAAUCAUCUUAGAAUUUAAGUGUUCUCAUUUUUCCAGAUAACUGCAAUUAAAAUUCAGUUCCUAAAAUUCAAGCUCUAUAAUGCCAAAGAUGCUUCCUUUUUGCCCUCUGGAACAAAUAUCCACUGAUUACCUUUCCAAUUUCUCUGUAUUAUAUCAUUUUAUACCCUAUUUUCAGAGUACUUGAAACCUAAUUCAUUUAGAAUUCCAUCUGCACACCACCUGAGACUUUCAUUGGAGGAAGAUUCAGCUCUAGGGCUGGCUUAUUUUGGUGUAACAAUGGUCUUCUACCAUCUCAAUGGGAAAACUUGAAAAAAUGGGUCACCAUUUCCAAGUUUGAUUAACAUAACCUCAAGCCAGAUGAGAGUGAUGCGACUAAGUCUUCAAGAUGAAGGAGCAGAAGAGGGAACAGAUAAUUAUCUCAAGGACAUGAAAACAUGUACAUUUAGAAACAUUGACCCAUUUAUUUACUGAAUAGGAUCAUGACACAUUCUGACUUACAGGUUUUGGUUUUAAUGUUCUCUUUAUGAGAAGUGCCUCCAAACAGCAGAGUCAGUGGAGGCAUCUAGAGGACGGAUCUCCAGAUCUGCUUGAGUCACUGCCUAGGUUCAAACUAAACAGAAUCCAAGAAACAGGUGAGAAACACUACCCAAGAAAUUUGGCAUUAGAAAUCCUUUUGCAUACUGUGGAAAGUUAGACAACAGAUAUCAACAGUGCCUAAUAUAAUUGUAAGCAACAUGAAAAACAGUCCCUUGAUUUCCCAGUGUUGAGACUGACCUUGAAGGAAGAAAGCAUUCUGUAGUGACUGAUGCUAUAAACUUUGAAGAAGAGACAGACACUUGCAAUACAGCAUUUUGAUGGUCUAAAACCUUCACUCGUGCACUUUUCAACUACCCAACUAGUGAGUGGUUCACUUUCAGUUGGAGUCUGAACCCAGCAUCAACAUAACUAACACAAGCAGCAUUAACAGUGUCACACUGGGACAGAAGCCGAUUUUUUUGUGGAAUAAAAUCGGUAUAAUCAUGAUUGGCAAAUGAAGAUAGACAGCAACAGGUGAAUGAAAUUCUGUGAAUUCCUGCUUAUUGACUAUUUAUAGAUGGUACUUACUCUUGAAAUUUGGGCAAUGCAAACUUAGAAAACCUUAUAAUUUGUGCAUAUAUUAAACCAGAGACAGGAGAAAAUACAACAAUUCCGAGGACUAUCUCUAGGCUUGGAUUCCUGUCACAUCAGCUGGAUUUAACUGGGAGGGAGCCCUUUCAAAGAGAACCAGCUGCUCUAAUGUGUAUGUUGAUAUGCCGCAUCAUAUCGUUUUAUUGUGGUGCUACCAUGAUGCUUUCCUAUUUCCUCCCACUUCUGAAGAUUAAGUGCUUUCUAUACACAAAUGUCAACACCCUCUAACCUGCGUUACCUUCUGUUUGGCUUCCUCCAAUCUAUCAAUUUUAUUUCAGCUUCAGCAACCUGUUCGGAAAGAAAUACCUUCUAGUCUUAAAACUGAAAAUCCUUCUGUUUUAGUUCAAGCCUGCUUGAAAGGAAGCAUAUCACAGGGUAGUAUUCAAAGUACUCCAAUUACCAUGUAUUUCAGAAGAGACUUCAACUAUGAGCUGCAGUGAACGUGUGAUGUAUCAAUAUAAUAAAGCUAUCAUAAUAACCACUACUGAAAAGGUAUUAAAAUGUUUUAAUUUCAUAUGCUAUGGGUGAAGGUGUAAGUCCGACAUUAUUUGUGUUUCCAGAGUUGCAUUUGCUCGUCCAAAGUACAAAUUUUGUACUUUUGACCAGUUUGCUACAGAGCUACUCCAAAGUGAGCUCAUAUCUGGCACUAUAUGAGUUGACAGACCUUCCAGGAAUGACACUCCUCUAGGAGUUUACUUUUCACAACUGAAAAUAUGAGAAAAUGUAAAAUUCCCAGCACUAUUAUUUUUACAGCAAUUGCUUAGUAAUCCACAUGUGUUGCAAGCCUAAUAAAGCAUGGUGAUGUGAGGAGUGAUCUAAAGUGAGAUCUUGAUUCUUACAGAAAUAAAGGCAGCUUGAUUGCUGCAGCAUUCCUGUAGAUUAGGUAAACUAUAGUAGACGGGAAUAGAGGUUCUGUCAGCAUUGGUCCAAUGACUAUAGGGA